AUGAGCGAAAGCACAGACAAAUUAAAUGUAGAGGUUACGGAAAACACCAGCGGAGAAGCCCCAAAGGAGGAAACGUUUUAUGAUGCCAACGCAGAGCAAUACUUAAUCAUUUCUCCCCGACAAAAACUGAACCCUCUUAUAAAAAAAAUAAAUAGAGUACGAUAUAAGUUUAAUAAUAUUGUUCCUGACUUUUUAAUUGGAAAAAAUAAUGCGUGUUUGUUUAUUUCUAUGAAAUAUCAUCGUUUAAGAUCGAAUUACUUAAAAGCACGAAUUGAAACCUUAUCAAAUAAAUAUAAUAACAGAAUAUUAGUAUGUUUAGUAGAUAUUGAAAAUAUUGAAAAUUCGUUAGGUGAAAUAAAUCAACUUGCUUUUUGUUUUAACAUAACACUUAUUCUUUGUUGGUCAAAUGAAGAAUGUGCAAGAGUUAUUGAAGAUUUCAAAAUAUAUGAAAAAAAAAUAUCAUAUAUUAAAAAUAAUAAACUCUCAUCAAGUCAUGAGGAAAAAAUACAUGAACUUUUAAAAAAAAUUAGAUGUAUUAAUUCAACGGAUUGUGUAACAAUUACCAGAAAGUUUAAAAACUUUCACAAUAUUGUAAAGGCAAAAAAGGACGAGCUUAUUAACUGUUCAGGCUUGGGAAAUAAAAAAAUACAGUCACUAAUAUCAACCUUUAAUGACCCUUUUUUCUGA